AACGUAAUCUUCGCUAGCAUGUUUCGUCCUUUCAAGCCCCAAAUUUCUGCCCUUCGUAACCUGCACUCGCAACACCGUGCAGCCCAGCCUCUUUAUUCUCUCAAGCGAACUCAGCAUGGCAGUCUUCCCGUUUAUUCUGAUAUUCGUAACGGAGGUUCCCGCUAUCUCCUCUAUAUCCGAAAUGUAGACGGUGAUGCUCAGGCGCUUUCAAAGGAUUUAUCUUCUUCCCUAUUUCCCUCAGGUUCUCCCGAGGCUGCCAGCCUCAAAAUACACACCCAGAGGUCCAGACACGUAGUCAUACAGGGUGGCAGAUGGAAGAAUCAGGUCAUGGAUUGGCUUUCCCAAAGGGGCUUCUAGACACUCAGGAUCCAGUUGAAAAUGGUUCCAUGAACCUAGCAUAGGUACAGUUUCCCAACACGGACGGGCGAACAAAGGCGAGCAGUCAGCGGACUGUAUUCGUGCCACCUACUCACACUCCGAGCUCGGGUUUUCUAUCAAUUCCAUUAAUUCUUCAUCACCGUCGAAUCAGUCGGGACUCUGUCUCGUGUCAUCUUCCUGCCGCGAUUCCGUCUCAAAAUAUUCAAUUCGCCCUCUAGAAUCUGUUUCAAUUACUCUACUUUCCUUGGAUCAUCGUUGCUACCAUAGGCAGCUCUUUCACUAUGCAAUGACCCUCCAUCGAUCGAUGGUUACAGAUGACACAACUCCUCCACCGUGCUUCGCAGUCUGUUAUCCUUUUGGGUUCAUUGGUCGUAUUCUUGCCUUCCAACGCCCGGCCGAGUAGUAAAAUCAGCGCAGCGUCAUCAGCAUAAUCAAGCUUUCCGGUGGUAUGACUGGUAUUAUACCCGAUCGAGCUACAGUUUACUGAGGACCCGAGGCCAUUCGAUUCAUGAACUACUUCCCGCUACUGCAGAAUCAGACGAUGGCACCGAGAAUAUUCGUCUGACGUACACUAUGAUUGGUUUGGGUCAGAACUAGAUAUGUAAAGCCAACUCCAUGAUGCCCGUGCUCGUGUUGUGUUGGCGAGCGCUGAAGCCUUCAUAAGUCUAAGAAAUGCCUUCUUCCAAGC